AUGAGUAAGACAAGAGAGACGGAGAGCCCAAAGGAUUCCGGAAAAAGAAGAAGGCCGACUUUAGCUGAACAGCUUGGGAAGUAUAGGUCGGGCAGCCAAGGAUCAUUGGUGGACUCUUUUAAAAGAAAAAGAGAAGAAGAAAGAAGAAGAGUGGAGAAAGAACUGAUAGAAAAUUUCCAAAAAGCAAGAAGAGUAGGAAGAUCACCACCGCAAGAAGCUACGGAAGGGGAAGGAACAGAAAGCGAAGGAACAGAAGGCGAACCUAAAGAUAUAAAAAUGGACAAGUUAGACAGUUCGAUUGAGCUUGUGCUGACAGUGAAGAAGGACACACAAGAUAUUAAGAGAGAAAACGAAUCCAUAAAUAAGGAAAUAAGAGAACUAAAAGAAGAAUGGAAAAGAAAGCAAGAAGCAUGGGAGCGAGAAAAAGAAGAAAUACAGAAGAGAAUUAAAAAUCUAGAAACGAAAAGAGAUGAGGCGGACGAAUUAAUUGAAAGAAUAAACCGUAUAGAGCGAAAAGAGGAGGCAAGAGAAAAAAGGGAGAAACGAAACAAUAUCACACAGAAAGGAGAAGAUCUACCAAGAGGCGAAACACCGAAAGAUACGGCAGUAAAGGUAAUAUCAGAAAAUUUGCAGGUGGAGGUGGAAAUAGAGGAUGCUUUCUGGACGAGAAAGGGAGAGAGAGGGAGUAUUUUGAUAGCAAAGUUAAGAAACUGGCAACAGAAAAAGGAGAUAAUGAUAAAGAAGGGCAAACUGAAAGAGAAGAACAAAGGUAGAGCGAGCGGAAGCAUCAUAACGGGAGUGAAGAAAAGGAUAACAGAAAGAGAUACACAGGAGGAAAAUUCGGACAUACAAGAAAGGAAGAUUGAGAUACAAGGUAACAUAUGGAGAAUAAUCACGGUAUACAGCAGAGAUAUGAAAAAGACGAGAGAGACUAUAGAAGAGGCAAUCGGAGGAAUGAAAGAAGAAAGACUUAUAAUCGGCGGGGAUUUCAAUGCAAGAAUAGGUUUAGAAGGAUCAUUUAGCAAAGAAACGAGAAAAUCGAGAGAUAAGAUAAAAAACAUAGAAGGAACCAGGCUAAUAGAAAUGGUAGAAGACAACAGAUGGGAAAUUAUUAAAGGUAAUUUUGAAGGAGACGAAGAAGGUGAAUAUACUUUCAUCGGGGGCAACGGAAACACAGUAAUCGAUUAUGUAUUAGUAGACCCAGCAAUUAAAGAAGAUAUCAGAAGUUUCAGGAUAGAAGAAAGGAUAGAGUCAGAUCAUUUACCGCUGAAAUUAGAAAUUUAUGGAGAAACCAGUGUAGAGAAGCAAGAAGAAGAGAUAUGGAAGGAGAGACGGCUUUGGACGGAGGAAGGAAAGAGACACUACCAGGAGGAAGUGGAACAAAUUGAAUUCGAAAAGGAGGAUUCAAACGAAAUGAUGGAAGAAAUGGUUCAUAAGAUCAACGGGACGGUACUCAAGAAAGUGGUAAAGGUAAUGGAAUUGAAACCAGGAUAUUUCAUGGAAUUAUUAGAAGGAAAAGAACAAAAGGAUCAAGAAGAAGAGAGAUUAGAGGAUACAGAGGAACAACAGGAUACAAAUGAAAUUAUAACGGAGCAAAAAGUGAUGAGGCAAAUUAAGAAAUUGAAAAAAAGGAAAGCAGCAGGGGAAGACGGCCUAGAAAACGAGGUCUGGAUACAUGGAGGAAGAAAGGUACUCACCAGAAUCACAACACUGAUAAACAAAGUAUGGAAGGGAGAAGGAAUUCCAAGGAGAUGGAAAGUAGGUAUAAUUAGCCCUAUAUUUAAGAAGGGAGAUAGGGAUGAUGUAAAGAAUUACAGAGGGAUAACGCUACUAAAUACGGCAUACAAGAUAUACGCGAUGAUUCUGGAGAACAGAUUAAGUGCAGAACUAGAGGAAAAGAAAAUCAUACCAGAGACGCAAGCAGGCUUCAGAAAAGGAAGAAGCACAAUGGACAACAUUUUUAUUCUGAACUACGUGGUAAACAGAGAAAUUAAAGAAAAGGGAGGAAAGCUAUAUGCUUUCUUCGCAGAUCUAACAGCGGCUUUCGAUAAAGUAAAUAGAGAAAAACUGAGCAAGGUUAUAGAGGAAAAAGGAAUAAGUAACACUCUAAGAACGAGAAUUAACGAAAUUUACAAAGAAACAGAGAAUAGGAUAAGAGUUAAUGGGAAAGUAUCUGAAAAGUUUUGGACAACGAAAGGAUUAAGGCAAGGAUGUCUACUAAGCCCUACCCUAUUCUCGUUAUACACGGCGGACCUUGAAGAGAAAUUGAGAGAAGGACAAGCAGGAGGAAUGGUGAUCGGAAAAGAGAAGUUUUGGUCACUGUCGUACGCAGAUGACAUCGUACUAUUAGCAACACAUCCGCAGGACUUAAAGGAAAUGAUAAGCAGAAUGAAAAGAUACUUUGAAAGAAGAGAGUUAAUGCUAAACGCUGGAAAGUCGAAGAUAAUAAUUUUCAAGAAAGAAAGAAGUCAGAAGAAAAAGGAGAUAUGGAAAUGGGGAGAGGAAGAAUUAGAAGAAGUAAAAGACUUCAAAUACCUAGGGUAUCACUUCCAGAAAAAUGGAGGAACGGAGAUGCACUGGAGAGAAACAGCGAAAAAGGCGAUGAUAGUGAUGAAGCAAACAUGGGGAAUAGGAGAAAGGAGAUUCAAAAACAACUUUGAAAGAAGGAUGAAGAACUACAGAAGUUUGGUGAAAAGCGUUAUGAUGUAUGCAGCAAAGAUAUGGGGAUGGAACGAAUCGGAGAGAUUUGAAAAACUACAUACAAAGUACAUAAAAUGGGUAUUAGGAUUGGACUUCAAUACACCAACAUAUAUAGUAAUGGAUGAAACAAAGUAG